GAGACAAAAGCCUAAAUGUUGCCAUCUUUGCAAGGCAGCUCGUACAAGUAAGAUACAUUAAUAUCACAGAGGCUAUCAUCCUGCUAAUGCAGGCAAGUUGGAAUUGCCAAUAUGUGUUGGAGACAGGGAAUUGCUUAAUAUACAAUCAAAUUAAGGAAUCCAACAACAUCAAGUCCAGGUUCCAAGGGCGGAUCUUGGAGUUGGGAUCAAUAAAAAAGUCCCAACCAGGGAAGCAAAUUGAGAAAGAGGCCAGCCCUUUUGGACCCAUGAAGACUUUGCUUCUUAGGUGGCUUCAUCAUGAUGUCAGUGAACUGAAAGAGAUAUUCUUGAUUCUCGCUCAAAAAUUGCCCAUCACCAGUUUUGUAGCCCCCUCAAAUCUUUUUCCAGGUUUUUCUGCGGGUGGAAAAAGGACUGAAGGUGGCCCUUGAGGCCUCCAGUGGAUCAGAACACUGCUGUCUUCGAGCUAAAAU